CUUCUUUCUGUUUGCAGAUUUGUUUGUAAAUGCAUCAUAAACAGACAGCCCAGAAUGAAGAAAGCAAGCAGGAGUGUUGGCUCAGUGCCCAAAGUGCCUGGAGUAAAUAAGACUCAAACAACUGAAAAAACCAAACCGGAGAGCGGCUCCUCACUGUCUGCAGUAACAAAACUCUCCAAACCCGGGACAUCAGCAUCCCUUUUGAAGACUAAGAGCAACGAUGACCUCUUAGCAGGGAUGGCCAGUGGCAGUGGAGUGACAAUGACCAACGGUGUCAAGGCAAAGAAGAGCACGUGUGCAUCAACAGUGUCUUCAGCUACAGGGACAACCAUGAACACUUUGGAAAAUAAACCUAAAACUGUUGCAGGUUCCACAGCUAAGCGUAGCACUUCAUCUGGAACUAAAGAAUCGAGCUCUUCUAGGGAGAGAAUACGUGAUCGUUCCCGCUUAAGCCAGAGUAAAAAACUGCCUGUGGCUGGACAGGGCAGCAGUGAUACAGUACUGGCAAAACGUUCCCGCAGUCGCACCAAUCCGGAAUCGGAUAUUCGGAUGAGCAAGUCCAAAUCAGACAAUCAGAUCAGUGACAAAGCUGCAUUGGAAGCAAAGGUGAAUGAUCUUCUGACGUUAGCAAAAACUAAAGAUGUGGAAAUCUUGCAUCUGAGAAAUGAACUAAGGGACAUGCGUGCUCAGUUGGGACUUAAUGAAGACCAAGUUGAAGGUGAUGAAAAAUCUGAAGAAAAAGAGGCCAUUGUUGUCCAUCAGCCGACUGAUGUAGAGUCUACGUUGCUACAGUUACAGGAACAAAACACUGCCAUCCGAGAAGAGCUCAACCAGCUGAAGAAUGAGAACCGAAUGUUAAAAGACAGACUAAAUGCAUUAGGCUUCUCUUUGGAACAAAGGCUGGACAACUCUGAGAAACUCUUUGGCUAUCAGUCUUUGAGUCCGGAGAUUACAGCUGGCAACCACAGUGAUGGCGGCGGUACUCUGACAUCUUCUGUAGAAGGUUCUGCUCCUGGAUCAAUGGAAGAUUUGCUAAGUCAGGAUGAACACACUUUGAUGGACAACCAGCAUAGUAACUCCAUGGAUAAUUUAGAUAGCGAGUGCAGUGAAGUUUAUCAGCCACUGACAUCGAGUGAUGAUGCUUUAGAUGCUCCAUCAUCUUCAGAGUCUGAAGGCGUACCAAGUAUAGAAAGAUCUAGAAAAGGAAGCAGUGGCAAUGCGAGCGAAGUGUCCGUAGCUUGUCUGACAGAGCGGAUACAUCAGAUGGAAGAGAACCAGCACAGCACAGCAGAAGAGCUCCAGGCCACGCUUCAAGAGCUUGCAGAUCUGCAGCAAAUAACGCAAGAGCUAAACAGCGAGAACGAAAGACUUGGAGAGGAAAAAGUCAUUCUGAUGGAAUCUUUGUGCCAGCAAAGCGAUAAGUUGGAACAUUUCAGCCGUCAGAUAGAGUAUUUUCGAUCUCUUUUAGAUGAACACCAUAUUUCCUAUGUAAUUGAUGAAGAUAUGAAAAGUGGUCGCUACAUGGAGUUGGAGCAGCGUUACAUGGACCUUGCAGAGAACGCCCGGUUUGAGCGGGAGCAGCUCUUAGGUGUUCAGCAGCACUUGAGCAACACUUUGAAGAUGGCAGAACAAGACAAUAAGGAGGCCCAAGAAAUGAUAGGGGCAUUGAAGGAACGCAAUCACCACAUGGAACGGAUCAUUGAGUCAGAACAGAAAAGCAAAACAGCAAUAGCAUCGACCUUAGAGGAGUACAAAGCCACGGUUGCCAGCGACCAGAUAGAGAUGAACAGGCUGAAAGCUCAGUUAGAGCACGAGAAGCAGAAAGUGGCUGAGUUGUAUUCGAUACACAACUCUGGAGACAAAUCAGAUAUACAAGAUUUGCUAGAAAGUGUCAGGCUGGAUAAAGAAAAAGCAGAGACACUGGCCAGCAGUCUGCAAGAGGAGCUGGCGCACACUCGCAAUGAUGCCAAUCGAUUGCAAGAUGCCAUUGCUAAGGUUGAAGAUGAAUACAGAGUAUUCCAAGAAGAAGCCAAGAAACAAAUAGAGGAUCUUAAUGUGACUCUAGAAAAACUUCGGGCAGAGCUAGAUGAGAAAGAAACUGAGAGAAGUGACAUGAAAGAAACUAUCUUCGAGUUGGAGGAUGAAGUAGAGCAGCAUCGUGCUGUGAAGCUUCAUGACAAUCUCAUCAUAUCUGAUUUGGAGAAUACAGUUAAAAAACUUCAGGACCAAAAGCACGACAUGGAAAGAGAGAUCAAGAAUCUUCACAGGAGACUCCGGGAGGAGUCAGCAGAAUGGCGUCAGUUCCAAGCUGAUCUCCAGACUGCAGUGGUUAUAGCAAAUGAUAUAAAGUCUGAGGCCCAGGAAGAGAUAGGAGACCUAAAGCGAAGAUUACAUGAAGCUCAGGAAAAAAAUGAGAAGCUCACUAAAGAGUUGGAGGAAAUCAAGUCACGCAAGCAGGAAGAGGAACGCGGGCGAGUGUACAAUUACAUGAAUGCUGUAGAGAGAGAUUUGGCAGCUCUGAGACAGGGAAUGGGCCUGAGCCGCAGAUCGUCCACCUCCUCGGAGCCAACUCCGACUGUCAAAACACUCAUCAAGUCCUUUGACAGUGCCUCCCAAGUUCCAAGUCCUGCUGCUGCCACAAUUCCUCGCACUCCUCUGAGCCCGAGUCCCAUGAAGACGCCCCCAGCUGCUGCUGUAUCCCCUAUGCAGAGGCAUUCUAUAAGCGGACCAAUCUCUGCUUCUAAACCCCUUGCUACACUGACAGACAAAAGACCAAGCUAUGCUGAAAUCCCUGUUCAAGAACAUUUGUUGAGAACGUCUUCUACCAGCAGACCAGCGUCUUUGCCAAGAGUUCCUGCAAUGGAAAGUGCCAAAUCUAUUUCGGUGUCUCGAAGAAGUAGUGAAGAAAUCAAACGGGAUAUCAGUGCACCCGAUGGAGCAUCUCCAGCAUCUCUUAUGGCAAUGGGUACCACCUCACCACAGCUGUCCCUCUCAUCCUCCCCUACAGCAUCAGUCACCCCUACAACCAGAAGUCGAAUAAGGUAA